AUGCCUGCCCUGAGACCCUACAGCGGCCAAGUCCGUAAACUGGUCAUGGGUAUAGACAUCGGUACAUCCCACUCCGGCGUCGCAUACGCACUCCUGGAGCCCGGAGAGAUUCCUGAGAUCCGCAGUGUAACGCGCUUCCCGGGUCACGAAGCCUCGCCGGGGGACUGCAAAAUCCCUUCAAUCCUCUAUUAUACUCCAGGCGGGUCUGUAGCGUAUGCCGGCGCUGAAGCCGUAGCUCCUGGGGUAGAUCUGAAAGCAGAUGAUGAGGGUCUGAUCUUCGUCGAGUGGUUUAAACUCCACAUGAUUCCGGAGCGCCUCCAGUCGGGUGAAAUCAAGAAGCGCGACCUCCCGUCCCUUCCUCCGGGCAAGAGCGUCGUUUCUGUCUUCGCUGAUUUCCUUGCGUAUCUCUUCUCGUGCGCGCGGCAGUACAUUCGCGAGACGCAUGCGAACGGUAAGCGCUUAUGGGAAUCACUCGAAGACGACAUCGAGUUCGAGCUGUCGCACCCUAAUGGGUGGGAAGGGAUGCAGCAGAGCAAGAUGCGCCAAGCGGCGAUCAUGGGUGGACUGGUCCCGAACACGGUCGAAGGUCGCGGACGCGUGCACUUCGUUACUGAGGGCGAAGCGAGCCUCCAUUUCUGCGUACAAAGUGGAUUGACGACCGACUCCAUGCAGGACGGCCAAAGUGUUAUGAUCGUUGAUCUCGGAGGAGGAACGGUUGAUAUCAGCAGCUACGGUUUCGUAUCUAAGUCACCACUCGUCGUCGAAGAAGUUGCUGCUCCAGAGUGUAUCCUACAGGGCUCCACUCGUAUCAACGCACGGGCCGCGAUAUAUUUGAAAGCGCUGCUGAAAAACUCGCCAUAUGGGGAAGACGACUACAUUAAGUUGAUGCUUGAAAGCUUCGAGAUGUCGACGAAGAGAGUGUUCAAAGAUGAAAAUCAGUCGUCCUAUGUCAAAUUCGGGACUCCGUUCUGUAGCGACCCGCAGGUGAAGAUUCGUCGCGGGCAACUGACGCUUACUGGCGACGUUAUGCGGUCAUUGUUCCAGCCAUCACUAGAUUCCAUUAUCUCCGCGAUCAAGAAGCAACUUCGAGACGCCACUAAACCCCCAAGUACAGUGUUUCUCGUUGGUGGAUUCGCAGCCAACCCUUGGUUAUACUCUGCGCUAGAUAACCGGCUGCAAACUCUCGGCCUCUCGCUCUGUCGCCCGGACUCGCAUACAGCCAAAGCGGUGUCAACAGGAGCCGUGUGCUUCUUCCUCGAACACUUCGUGUCUGCACGCGUCAUGAAGAUGACUUAUGGCGCACAUGUCAUUCUCCACUAUGAUCCGGAGGAUUCAGAGCACUUCACGCGCAGGGCUAAUAGUCGUGUAGCGCACACGUCGAGCGCGCUCGACAGCAUCACGACCAAGGUCAUCUGUUACAGCGGACCUGACAGCGACCCAGCCUGGUUGGACAUCGAUACUCAUCUGUUUCAACCGGUAUGCUGUAUCAGCGCCGACACGUCGUGUGUCAAGCGAAAGGCGCAGCUUGGAGUCAAUGGAGAAGUUUACUACAAGCAAUCCUACGAUGUUGUUCUGCUCUGCGGGCUUACAGAGCUUGAAGCCCAGAUCAGGUGGCGGGAAAAUGGGAAGGAGAGACGGGGCCCUGCCAGGAUCAUUUAUGAGGACGAUUAA